AUGAAGACAACAGUGGAUGACAUAACUUUGGCAAUGCUAGAAGAAAGGUUGUAUAAAAAGCUGUCGUUGAAUGAAAGGAAUGUAAAACUGGUGCUGAGGUACAUGCCGAUGGUGGUUGGAUGUGAGGCAGAGAUAACUAUUUGUGAUGAUGAGGAUUUGUUUGUUUACCUAAUAACAAUUGAUAAAGACAACCGUAGAAGUCUUUUGUUAGUGGAGGAGACGAGUGUAUCGGAUCAGUUAGAGGUGGUGUCCAGAGUGUGCAAAAAUUCUGUUGGUAUGAAUUACCAAGCGUUGCAGGGAAAUGAUGAUGAAGUCGGACCUAAAGCCCUGAUUCUGUACGUAGAAAACGGGGAGGCAGAUCAACAGAAGAAGCAGAUAGAGGUAGAGAAUGAUGACGAAAGAAGACAUGAUGAUUUUAUGGAUACAGACGCUGAGACAGAAACCGCAGCUGAGACGGAAACUGCAGCUGAGACAGAAACCGCAGCUGAGACGGAAACUGCAGCUGAGACGGAAACUGCAGCUGAGACUGAAACUGCAGCUGAGACAGAAACCGCUGCUGAGAAGGACACCACAGCUAAUAUGGAUGGCAGUGGUAAUAUGUAUGUUGAGCAGAUACCUUUAGUAAAAUGUAGUCAAGUUAUAGAGGAAUGGGGAGAUGCUAUGGAUCUGUACCUUCUGCAGGAAUUUUCAAACAAGAGAUCACUUCAAGAGGUGGUGGAUAGAGCUGCAUUUGGUUGCAGCUUUCGUUAUGUUAUUAAAAAAUCUGAUCGUAAACGGUUGGUGUUAAGAUGUUAUGAAGCAAACUGUAAAUGGGGAUUGCGAGCUGCGAGGAUUCGAGAGACGGAAUUUUUUUCUAUUAUGAGGUACUGGGGUGUGCAUACAUGCUCUCGGACUAAUCAAAGUAAUAGCUGCAACAGCAAGAGGAAAGGAUCUGCAGAAUUAGUUUCAACUUUUUUGAAUGAGGAAUAUCCUGGAAAACUGAUGACUCCUGUUCCGAGAGAUAUCAUAGACUUAAUUAAGUUAAGACUGGGUGUAUCGGUAUCUUACUCCACAGCCUUGAGAGGGAAAAAUCUAGCUAUGCGUGAGUUGCGUGGUAAUUCAGAAGACAGCUACAAGAUGUUGCCUAGCUACUUGUACAUGUUAGAGCAGGUUAAUUCCGGAACAACAAGAGAGGUGAAGUUGGAUGAGGCAGGUAAGUUCAAGUACCAUUUCAUAGCUUUAGGAGCUUGCAUUGAAGGGUUUAAGGCCAUGAGGAAAGUGAUUCUUGUGGAUGCUACAUUUUUGAAGAACGGAUAUGGUGGGGUACUAGUAUUUGCUAAAGCUCAAGAUCCUAAUCGUCACCAUUAUCCCCUCGCGUUUGCGGUACUUGACGGUGAGAAUAAUGCUAGUUGGACUUGGUUUUUCGAGAUGCUCAAAACUGUUAUGCCGGACUCUUCUGAAAUAGUUUUUAUGAGCGAUAGAAAUCAGAGCCUCAUCACUGCUGUAGCUAAUGUGUAUCCACAAUCUCACCAUGGCCAUUGUAUAUGGCAUCUAGCUCAGAAUGUGAGAAACCAUGCUUGUAACACCAUCAAAGCCGUAGUGGCAUGGAGAUUUAUGGAGUUGGCUAGGUAUUACACAAUGCCUGAGUUCGAGGCUGCUUAUGCAUCUUUUAAGGUGAGAUAUCCUUCAGCCUCCAAGUGUUUGGAGGAGAACACUAACAAAGCAACAUGGGCUAGGGUCUACUUUCCAGGUUGUAGAUACAACUUGGACACUAGCAACAGUAUGGAGUCGAUGAAUAGCGCGUUUAGGGACGCAAGGAGGUAUGCCUUGAUACCAUUAUUGGAUACAAUCAUCAAAAAAAUAUCUGACUGGUUUAAUGAACAUCGGAAGGACGCCGUGUCUGGAUCAAUUGAUACCAAACUGGUUCCUUUGGUUGAGAUCCAUUUGCACAACUUAUGGGCCAAAGCUGAGAAAACGCCAGUGCGUGAGCUGAAUAGUUAUGAUCUUGAGUACAAGGUAACCGACACUGACAAUGGGAAGGAUUAUUUGGUGAAUUUGAUAGCGAAGUCGUGUAGCUGCAAGGUAUUUGAUUAUGAAAAGUAUCCUUGUCGUCACGGACUUGCUGCUUACUUAUAUUUCUUUGAGGUUCCUGCUGCUAAUGGUCGUCGACGUGAGGUCAACAUAGAGUAUCAUCAGUUGUGCUCAAAGUAUUACUGGACAGAACUUUGGGCAAUGGCUUAUUACAGGACCAUUUAUUCUGUGCCGGACAAGUCUGAAUGGAUUGUACCAGAUCACAUCAAAGAGCUCCAGAUCAUACCUCCGAAAAAGCUGACGAGGAAGGGAAGGAAAAAGGUUAAUAGGAAUCCAUCAGUUGGUGAACGGCGUAAAAGGACACAAAACGAGAAAAAUGGAUGCAACUACUUCAAAUGGUUUGAUUGGUUUGAUGUAGAGGAUGGUACAGAAUGGCAAAAAAUGGCUUUGAUUGAAGCCUGGGAUGAGAUCCAAGAGAAGAGUAGGGUGAUCGAGCAGUUAAACCAAACCAUUGCAGAACUCACAAUUAAUUUGGAGAGGAUCCAACAAGAAGAGGAAAUUGUUAGAGACUUUCAAAAUCUCUAUGUUUAA